AUGGUUUCUCGUGGUGGAAGACCGACGCUUAUUCAAGCGUUGGAUAAAGAAAUAUACCAAGUUGUGCGCAAACUCGCAGAUGAUCAGCAUCAGCUGGAAAAUGGCAGUUCAAAGCGCCUAACCGUUUCUGUUGUUUAUGACCACAUAAAGCAUUCGAACUCCAGCUUGAAGCGGCGGAGCAAAAAGCUACUCGAAGACUCUAUUGAGCGAGUUCUGCUUGUUCUUAAGGAGCAAGAGCUGGAUGAUAGCGAGUCUCUGGAUGGAGAUUUCGAUGGCAUAGAGGAGGAGCAUGUUCCAAAGUUGAAGGAUCAUAAUAUUAUGAACAAGAGCAUCACACGCAUGUGGUCGAAGCCGAAUCCUGCAACCUUAACCCCGAGGGAGGGUACGCCCCCUGUAGCAGAAAACAAUACAGUGGCGAUGCAAAUUACCCAAACAAGAGAGACAGAUUCUACUGUCAAAGUCGACCGUCAAGCAAAUGGCGAACCUAGGCUAAAACGACGUAAAGGGGAACGAGCUCAAAAGGAAGUUGAUCGGACGCCACCAACCGACAUAUCUCUGGAGAACCUAGGAGGGGUAGAGAACGUGAUUGAAGAACUGAACGAGCUUGUCGCCAUGCCCAUGCUGUAUCCAGAUACGUAUAUAAGGACCGGGAUACAACCUCCGCGUGGUGUGCUACUCCAUGGACCUCCUGGGUGUGGAAAGACUAUGAUCGCGAAUGCCUUUGCAGCAGAAAUAGGGGUCUCAUUUAUCCCACUUUCUGCCCCUUCGCUAGUGGCUGGCAUGUCAGGAGAGUCAGAGAAGAAAAUUAGAGAUAUAUUUGAAGAGGCUAAAAGUAUGGCGCCAUGUCUAGUCUUUAUUGACGAGAUAGAUGUUAUAAUGGGGAAGCGCGAGAGUGCUCAACGAGAAAUGGAGAAGCGUAUAGUGGCACAGAUGCUGACUUGCAUGGACGAAAUGGCAUUGGAGAAGACUGGUGGGAAGCCAGUAAUCAUCAUUGCGGCUACGAAUCGGCCAGACAGCCUUGAUCCAGCACUCCGAAGGGCAGGGAGGUUCAACAAGGAGAUUAAUUUGGGAGUUCCGAAUGAGCAGGCCCGAGAGAAGAUUCUACGAGCACUCACUCAGAAGUUAUCGCUAGACGACGAUUUCGAUUAUCGAGCUCUUGCAAAAAUGACGCCUGGGUUUGUGGGGGCUGAUCUAAAUGAUGUUGUCUCGGUCGCUGGCACGGAGGCAAUGAAACGGAUGAUGGCAGUUCUAAAGCAACGAACCGCCACAGACAUGGAAUUGGACGACCCCCCAGCAACUACAACACCACCCGCGCUACUAAUCCUGCGCUCACUAGUAGCCCACGCCGGAGAGUCGUCCCCAGAUGGCGAUUUUAACAUUAAAUACACCGACUUUCUCGCCGCCGUCCCCAAGGUCCAGCCAUCCGCGAAACGUGAAGGCUUCGCUACCAUCCCAGACACAACAUGGUCCCACAUCGGUGCCCUCCACUCAGUCCGCGAACAACUCGAAAUGGCCAUCGUCGAGCCCAUCAAGCGCCCCGAGUCCUUCGCCCGCGUAGGAAUAACCGCCCCCACUGGCGUUCUCCUCUGGGGUCCUCCUGGCUGCGGAAAAACACUUCUCGCAAAAGCCGUAGCCAACGAGUCAAAAGCGAACUUCAUAUCCAUAAAAGGGCCCGAGCUAUUGAACAAGUACGUGGGCGAGAGCGAGCGCGCUGUGAGACAAGUAUUCGAGCGGGCGAGAUCCAGCGUACCUUGCAUACUCUUCUUCGACGAGCUGGAUGCUCUGGUUCCUAAGAGGGAAGACUCCCUCUCCGAGGCCAGUAGUAAGGUUGUCAAUACAUUGCUUACGGAAUUGGAUGGGUUGUCGAACAGAGCUGGGAUCUAUGUCGUUGCCGCUACAAAUAGGCCAGAUAUGAUUGACCCCGCAAUGCUGCGUCCCGGACGCCUUGGGACAUCUGUGUUUGUCGACCUACCAACAGCAGAUGAGCGUGUAGAGAUUCUAAAAGCGCUAUUUAAGAAGGCUCUUCCUGCGGCUGGGGCGGACGAGGUCGAAGCGUUAGACGGUGUGGCAAGGGAUGAAAGAUGUAAUGGGUAUUCUGGGGCCGAUUUGGGGAAUUUGCACCAGGCGGCUGCAGUGGCGGCGCUUAAGAGGGAGAUGGUUGGCGGGGUACAGACUGAACAGGAAGAGUUGAGGAUAUUGGGGUGCGAUUGGGAGGCCGCGCUUGGGAAGGUGAAGGCUAGCGUUAAGGAUGCUGGGAAAUAUAGGAGGCUGAAGGAGAGAGGGAUAGCUUAUGAUCCCCACCCUCUAGAAACCGCAAAUGCGGUACCAUAUUGUGAUCAUGGCUUGGCAUUGGAUAUAGCAAGGGUUCAGUUGGCGCAAAUACGCUUUAGUACACAGGAGGAAUUGACUUUGAGUUUACAUUAA